AAAAUAAGGGGAAAUACAGUGACUGCUUCGAGCAAGUUCGUCGUAGAUCCCAAUUCCGUGGCGGGCACCCUUUAAACCUCACACCAAAAUGCUACAAUCAAAACACACACACACACAGAGUCUUACUUUUAUUCACUCGUGUAAAAUUCACUGACGAAUAAGCAUCACUGGAAGAGAGGCCACUGAUUCCUGCAAUUUCCGUCGAAUCUCGGAGAGAAAAAUGGAAGAAAGGGAGAGACAGAGGAGGCUUUUGGAGAGAGAAAGGCUCCAUAUGGAACAGAUACGACAGCUCGACUUUGAGGAACUGCAGGUCGAAGAGGUCGGCGACGACGAUGACUAUUCUUCGGACCAUGAUCGUGAACACAAUCAUCGUAAUUCUGGCGGAGCUUCUGCCUCUGGUGAAUUUACUUAUGAUACCUCUUUGGCUGCUUUGCACUCGUACCUGGGGGAUGUUGAGGACACACAUAAUAGGCUUGCUUUUUUGGACGGUGGCGCUCUAUUAAAUCUUCCAAUGCUCUAUCUUGAAGGGGUUGUUUUGUUUCCGGAGGCCACUCUUCCUCUCAGAGUAAUUCAUGUUCAUUUUAUUGCGGCGGUUGAAAGAGCACUGUCUCAAGUUGUGGCUCCUUAUACCAUAGGUGUGGUUCGUCUUUACAGAGAUCCUCAUAAUGGGAGAGUAAGAUUUGCAAAUGUGGGCUGCACUGCUGAGAUUCGGCAAUAUCGAAGGCUGGAAGAUGGCUCAGUGAAUGUUGUUACUCGUGGGCAACAGCGUUUUCGUCUGCAACGGCGCUGGAUUGAUGGAGAUGGUGCAACAUGUGGAGAGGUUCAAAUAAUCCAAGAAGAUUCACCAUUGAGGACACCACAAGAAGCUGUUGGAAGGCUGUCACCAUUGAGUAGCUGCCAAAGUCGUGUAUUGCGAGCACAUUCUUUGGAAAGUCCAAGAGCUAGAUGCUCAGGAGAUUGUGAUGGAAAUGAAUCUGAGGCUAUGUCAGAGGACAGUUUCGAAAGUGAACUUUCUCCUCGUGAAAAGAGAUUGCAUCAUUCUGUGCUCCAUUCAUCUUUUGAUACUAUCUACGAGUCUGGGAGCGGUGAUGAUGCAAAGCUUGAUUCGCAGGUAGAAGUGCGACAAGAUAGCUCUUUAGCCAACCUUCUGGGUCCGUUGGAAGGAGACGAGGGUAGAACUGCUCUUUCUGGUAACCAUUUGUUUAAAAGGAUGAAACAAAAGUAUGCAUUAGCCCAGAUGCGUGAAGUUCCAAGAGCCUUCUGGCCUAAUUGGGUUUACCGCAUGUAUGAUUCCUAUACCCUCGCUCAGAAGGCAGCAGAUAGGUGGAAGCACAUUGUUAAAGCACCUAAUAUGGAUGGGUUUGUGAUGAAGCCAGAUCUUCUGUCAUUUCAUAUUGCUAGUAAGAUUCCUGUAUCUGAAUCAAGGAGGCAGGAGCUUCUUGAGAUAGAUGGUAUUUCCUAUAGAUUGCGAAGGGAAAUUGAGUUGCUUGAGGGUUUUGACCGCAUUAGAUGUAGAACUUGUGAGGUAAUAUGGAUAUUUGACAAGUUAUAUUCAAGUUGACUGCCUGGAGUGUAGUUAUAUAAGGAUCGAAGUCUAGGUUUUGCCUGAAAAUAGUUGUAUUAAUUAUUCUGUCUUUCUGCACAAUGUAGACACUGAUUGCAAGACGGAGUGAUAUGCUGGUGAUGUCAAGUGAAGGUCCACUUGGGGCCUACGUGAACCCACAUGGUUUUGUACAUGAAGUGAUGACCCUGUAUAAAGUAACUGGGUUGGCUGUUCUGGGAACUCCUGUUAAAGAACAUAGCUGGUUUCCUGGGUAAGACUCAUUCAUGGCUCUACUAUCAUUAUUGUAGAUAUAUAUAACCUCUGGAGGCAUGGGUUUUUGGUUUCGAUUUAGCAUAUAUAACUCUUACUCGUACAUGUAGGACCAUAGAAACCUCACUUCCUUUCUGAAAAGAUUACAAAAAAUGAGGUCCAAAUAUGGUGAUUUUUGUAAACCAAAAAGAAAAGUCUGGUGAUUUUUGUCUUAGAGAUUUUUUGAUGGGGCUUGCAGUUAAAGUCUAUAUUGUUAUGAUCCAAAUGGAGCUUUUCUGUUGACGAGAUAAUCUUUGGCAGUUAUGCUUGGUCCAUUACCGAAUGUGCCUCUUGUGGAGCCCCAAUGGGAUGGCUUUUUACAGCCACCAGAAAAAGGUUGAAGCCUAGAUCAUUUUGGGGCAUCCGUAGCUCCCAAGUCGCUGAUGAUACCCGCUAAAAGUACAUCUUUUGCACAUUUUCAGUGUAUAUAUUGUUUGUGAUAUCUAUAUAUGUAAAACUUAAACAAUAUGUGUAUCCCGUGUUCACUCUUUUUAAUGUAAGUUUAUUUUCUUUAGUGUGCCGUGUAGAUCGCCAGGACAAUCGAUCUAUUUAAUCUUCAUGUGUGCUUGAGCCCUUUUUGUAGAGACGAGAGAUAAGGCUUGAGUACAAAUAGUCAAGCUACAUCACAAGAAUCUAUGUAGUCGUUGUGAGUUUCUUCUCCCCUGGAACUUUGCUCUCCUCUUUUUGAAAACAAGAUGUUUAUUUAUAGGACAAAUGCCCAUUUUAGUUCCUAAUGUUUAGGGGCUAGUCCAACCCAGUCACCAAAAAAUAUUUUGUCUCCAAUUUUAGUCCUCAUAAAGUUUUUUCGUACCACUUUUAGUCUUUUUAACAUAAUUUGGAUGAAACUAACUGUUUUCCAUUACAUGUAUAAUAUUUUUUUUUUUUCCUGAUGGUGGGUUGUAUUAAUUUUGACCCAGAAAAAGAAACAUGAUAAAAAUUAAUUUUGGUCCCUAAAGUUUAGGAAGUUUAACGAUUUUAGUCACCCCAAAUUUUUAUUUUAUCAUUUUUAGUUCUCGUAAAUUUAAUUUUUCAACUGUAUUUACUCAAUUUAUUUUUAAUUUUAGAUUUAUAUUUUAAUUUU